AUGACCAUCCACGCCGAGGGUCUCGUGGCUAUCGUGAUCUUCUACCUGCUCAUUCUGUUCGUGGGGAUCUGGGCCGCAUGGAAGAACAAGAACUCCGGCGUUGGCGAAAGUGGAGACCGGAGCGAGAGCAUCAUGGUCGGGGGGAGAGACAUCGGGUUGUUCGUUGGUGGAUUCACAAUGACCGCUACCUGGGUGGGUGGAGGCUACAUCAACGGCACGGCAGAGUAUGUCUACCUGCCGGACUACGGCCUGGCUUGGGCGCAGGCACCCUUCGGUUACGCUCUCAGCCUGGUAGUGGGCGGCCUUUUCUUUGCCAAGCCCAUGCGCUCCCGCGGGUACGUCACCAUGCUGGAUCCCUUCCAGCAGCUGUAUGGAAAAAGGAUGGGCGGCCUGCUCUUCAUCCCCGCGCUCAUGGGGGAAAUCUUCUGGUCUGCAGCCAUUCUAUCUGCCCUGGGAGCCACUCUGAGUGUGAUCGUGGACAUAAACAUCAACAUGUCCGUGGUGAUCUCAGCCCUGAUCGCCAUCUUCUACACGCUCGUUGGAGGACUUUACUCUGUGGCGUACACGGAUGUAGUCCAGCUCUUCUGCAUCUUUGUGGGCUUGUGGAUCAGUGUGCCUUUUGCCCUGUCCAAUCCUGCCGUGGUGGACAUCAGCAUUUCAGCCAAGGAGGCAAUCUACCAGUCACCCUGGCUGGGGAAGAUUGAGCCUGAAGACAAAUGGCUCUGGGCGGACAACUUCUGCUUGCUGAUGUUGGGGGGGAUUCCCUGGCAGGUCUAUUUUCAACGGGUUCUUUCUGCCUCUUCAGCUACCUACGCCCAGGUCCUCUCCUUCCUCGCCGCCUUCGGCUGCCUGGUCAUGGCCGUCCCCUCUGUCCUCAUAGGAGCUAUAGGGGCCUCCACUGACUGGAACCAGACCUCUUACGGGUCCCUCCCACCGAAGGACAAGGAUCAGUCAGACAUGAUCCUCCCCAUAGUGCUUCAGCACCUCUGCCCGCCCUACGUCUCCUUCUUUGGUCUGGGGGCAGUGUCGGCUGCCGUCAUGUCGUCAGCAGACUCAUCCAUUCUCUCAGCCAGCUCCAUGUUUGCCAGGAACAUCUAUCAGCUCGCCUUCCGACAGUCGGCCUCAGACUGGGAGAUUGUUUGGGUGAUGCGCGUCACAAUUUUUGUAUUUGGGGCCCUUGCCACGGCUAUGGCGUUACUGACAGGAUCAGUGUAUGGCCUGUGGUACCUGAGCUCCGACUUGGUCUACGUCAUCAUCUUUCCCCAACUCCUCAGUGUGUUAUUCGUCAAGGGCACCAAUACCUACGGCUCUGUGGCCGCCUAUGUUGUUGGUCUUUUGCUACGCAUCGGUGGAGGGGAACCUUACCUCAAACUUCCUCCCUUCAUCUACUACCCCGGUUGGGUGACCCAGGAGAGAGUCCACCACCUUACUGGGGAUGUGGAGCACUUUGUUCAGCAGAGGUUCCCAUUUAAGACUAUGUCCAUGGUGGCGUCCUUCUUGGCAAAUGUGGCAGUCUCUUACCUGACCAAGUACCUGUUUGAAAGCGGCAUGUGGUCACAUAAGUACGACUUCCUGGACGCCGUGGUGUCCAAGCAUAGCAAGGAGAUCAUGGACAAAGCCACGCUGGUGAGCAACCACGAUAACAUCAUUCUUUCAGAGAUGGCGCCCGUCAAGCAAGUCCUGGGCGCGUCACUCGCUGGGACAUUCACCAACACUGAGAUCCUCAGUGAUGACGGGGCGUCUAGUCCAGAGGCUUUUCACAAUGAAGACUAGGCAACAGAGGCACAAAGAAAUCUAGAACCAAGGAAUUUGAAGAAGAAGGAAUAAUCAAAGAGGCAACGACAUUCUUCAGGAAACUUGCUACUGCCACACUGGAAGUUGGAAUCAGCAGACAUCUGCUGUGGCUUCCGAGUGACUCCACAGGUUUGUUUUAUGCUGAUGACGUGGUGCCUCCUUCUUUUUUAAGAUCCCUUGCCUAGAACCAGGAGGUUGACUCAGCUGUGUCAAGCGUACCAUAACUCAUUCUUGUGUUGUUGGUUUUUUUUUUUUCUUUUUAUCAUGACUCUGUGAAUCUACAACCACAACAACCUGUUUAAUUUAGGUGCUGCUACAGUGAUCAGAGGGACUUUCAGGUGGAAACAAGGAAAGACUACAGAAGACAUGGAGUAUGUGAUGACAUCGACUAGGGUCCGCUGUGGGUAAAGAGAUUGUGCAAUAUCUAACCAAGGCACUGUGUCAAUGUCUACAUAGCAGUGUGUGUGUUGAUGUACAUGCACAUAUGUACACUUGGCAUCCUGGAUUUUAAGUUUUAAAUUUGCGUAGAGUAUAUUUAUUAAUAGAGCAAUAAUAUUUUUAGGAUCUCUGUUGUAUAGAUAGAUACAUUGUGCUGGA